AGAGAGCUGCUGGAAAGGGCAGGCGUUCAUUCAGCAGAGAAACAUGUGCACUUCUCUCUAAAUCCAGUUUGUGUAAAACCAGGGCUGUGAACAGUAUUGAUCACUGGCUCUCAAUGAGAGGAUUAACAGGAAUUCACACAAGGGCUUGGACACUUACCGGUGCAAAAUUGGAACUUGAUACUGCUGCAUAAUGGGUUACAAAGCGACAUCCAUGCAUUGUGUCUUAAGAUGCCUGUGCUUCAUGCUUCUCCAUUUGUUUAGUGCAGCUCAAGAUGAAGACUUAAGAAGUUGUAGGACCGCACCAUGCGAUUUGGUCUUUAUUCUAGAUGGCUCGUGGAGUGUUGAAGAUGUCAAUUUUGAAAUAGUAAAGCGUUGGCUUGUCAACAUAACAACAAGCUUCAACAUUGGACAGAAGUUUACCCAGGUUGGAGUCGUCCAGUACAGCGAUGACCCCGUUUUAGAAAUACCUCUGGGGAAGCACUCCUCUACCAAAGACCUCAUCAAAGCGAUGGAGUCCAUUGAGUACAUGGGGGGAAACACAAGGACAGGGACAGCCAUUAAAUUUGCUACAGACAAACUGUUUGGACUGUCUGAGCGCGGCCCAUCAGGCGUUUCCAGAAUUGCUGUUGUCCUCACAGAUGGGAAGUCUCAAGAUGAGGUUUUGAAAGCGGCGGAGGCAGCAAGGAAAAAAGGAGUAAUUCUGUUUGCAAUUGGUGUUGGGUCAGAGACAGAAGCGACCGAGUUGAAUGACAUUGCAAACAAGCCAUUUUCAACAUACGUCUUCUCUGUUGAGGACUACAAAGGUAUUUCCAGGAUCAUACAGAUCAUACGACAGAAACUUUGUGAAGAGACUGUUUGUCCAGCAAGAAUUCCCGUAGACUCCCGUGACGAGAAGGGUUUUGAUAUUCUGUUACAUUUAAAUUUGGCUAAAAAAGCAAAAAAGACACAAGGGGCAUAUUACGGCACUAAGGCCUACGAAGUGACACCUCGUGUUGACUUAAGUGAAGCUACACGGAACCUUUUUCCUGAUGGCCUGCCUCCAUCAUAUGUUUUUGUGGCCACACUGAGGUAUAAAGGAUCAGUGGCAAUAGAGGAGUGGGACGUGUGGAGAAUACAGACACGUGAUGGGAAACCUCAGAUGGCGGUGACUCUAAAUGGUGUGAAGCGCACCGUCAUGUUCACCACAACCAGCGAGUCAGCAAGUGGAACUCAAACGGUCACAUUUUCACAACAUACAGCAGAGAAGCUGUUUGAUGAGAAAUGGCACCAGCUGCGGCUGCUGGUUACAGAGGAGGAUGUUACUCUUUACGUUGAUGACCUGGAAAUUGAAACCCUAUCCUUGGAGCCCCCUGUUGGUAUUUUCAUCAAUGGAAAAACCCAAGUUGGAAAAUAUGUCAGAAAGGAAACAACAGUGCCAUUUGAAAUCCAGAAACUUCGCAUUUACUGUGACCCCGAGCAGAAUAGCCGAGAGACUGCAUGUGAAAUACCUGGAGUUUGUGCCAACAGUCCUGAUUACACUGAGCCAACUCAAGAACCUUGUGUUUGUCCUCCUGGACCCCCUGGACUUCCAGGAAUAAAGGGAGAAGUAGGAAACACUGGCAAACCUGGUCUGCCUGGGCCUGCUGGUGCUGAUGGUAAGCCUGGUAUCCCUGGCAUUAGAGGAAGUCCAGGGCUGCCAGGUCCAACAGGAGUUGAGGGUCCACGUGGGUCAGAUGGGUACAAAGGCGAGCAAGGGAGGCCGGGUGUUUCGGGUGAGAGGGGUGUGCCUGGAUUACCAGGAUCGCCUGGACUACCAGGAGAGAAGGGUUCAAUAGGAUCCACAGGAAUUGCAGGGUUACCCGGAAAAGCUGGUCAAGUGGGAGAAAAAGGAAGUGUGGGACCUCCUGGGCCACCGGGUUAUCCAGGAGACCCUGGCCUACCUGGGAGAGAUGGAAAGGUUGGACUUCCGGGAAGACCUGGUCAAAAGGGAGAAGCUGGAGAGGGUGGUAUUCCUGGUGUUGAUGGAAGAGAAGGCCAUCCUGGUAUGCCUGGAUUGCCAGGAAUUGCAGGCCUGAAUGGACAAAAGGGGGAAGCUGGUUUGCCUGGGUCUAGGGGCUUCACAGGACCCACUGGACCACCUGGUGAGAUGGGUUUACCCGGUGCACCUGGUUUAAAAGGACCAAUUGGAAACAAGGGGAAUAAGGGUGAAAAUGGAAGUCCAGGUAUACAAGGAACACCAGGGCCUGUGGGGAGUGCAGGAGAAGCAGGAAGACCAGGUGAGCCGGGGCACCAGGGCAUUCCAGGCCUGAACGGCAGCAAGGGACAAAGAGGAAAUCCAGGUGAAAGAGGAGAGACGGGAAUGAGGGGUGAAAAAGGAGAGCAGGGUCGGACAGGGGAACACGGCUCCACUGGUCCAAUGGGACUAAAAGGAGAGAAAGGGACAGCAGGGGAUUCGGGGCACAGAGGUCAAGAAGGUCAAAUGGGACGACCCGGACAGCCGGGUCAGUCAGGCCCACCUGGCCCCCAAGGGCUGCAGGGGGACAGCGGUCCACCUGGACCACCUGGACCUGAAGGAAGAUCUGCAAGUCAAAUGUCAGACAAUCACAUUCGCCAAAUCUGCAGAGAAAUUCUUCAGUCUGAGCUGCCUUUAUUGUUGCUGAGCAACCAGCAGAGUAGCUGUACCAGAUGUCAAAGCCAGCCUGGAUCUCCUGGUCCUCCAGGUCCAACUGGGCUCCAGGGACUCAGGGGACUUCCUGGACUUAGUGGCUCCAGGGGACAGCCAGGCCACCCUGGUCGACCAGGGCACCCUGGUAUUGAUGGGAUGAAAGGAGAACCGGGUUUCAAGGGUGAGAAGGGAAGCCCUGGUCGAACCACCAUUGGAGACCAAGGGCCACCAGGGCCUCCAGGUCCAAUGGGUCCCCAGGGUUACAGUAAGCCAGGUCAUCCAGGUAAGCCUGGAUCCCCUGGUCUUAACGGAGCAGAGGGUAAAAGUGGUAAUCCUGGCAUCCCUGGUGAGCCUGGGGUGUGUGAUCCAUCCAUGUGCUACGGUAGCAUGAUGAGGCGGGAUCCUUACAGCAAAGGGCCAAACUAUUGAUGUAAUGCAGCGUCACUGCAGGCACCAGUCUGGAGCUGAUGUGGAACAAACCGCCAUUCUCAGGAAGAUCUCAUCUUUACAGUUUCUCUCUGUCGUGGAAACAAAACGGACCUCCUCUUAAACCUUUGAUCUCAGACAUUCAGCAGAACUAGAUCCUAUCACAUUUUCUCUGUUGGUAUUUUGUAUUGUUAUUCACGUCUUUAACAUGCUUUGAGGUUUUAAUGGUGUUAUAAAAAUACUAUAUUAAUUAAUAAUUUGCUCCAUUUUAUACCUCUCUUCUGAGCAGCUUGAACUCAUGUGCUUCAUGUAUGUCUAGAUCUCAUGUCUCUGGAUCAGUGUGGCUGGUGCAUUUUCUCAUUUGCCCCCUGGUGUUGCUUCAUUGCAUGUCACUCUCUAAAUUCUCACUGCACAUUGGAUGGGUGCUAGAUCUUCCAUUUAAAAAAACACACAACUUCUAAGAUCUAUAAAUUCCAUGUUCAGUGAAUUAUUUCACUAUAAAUUAUGUGUGAAAUUGGCAUGUUUCAGCACAAGACUGUGAUUCCCUGUAGCUGAUUAUAAGCUGCUGUAAGCCUGUGUUCCCCAAAGCAUUCAGCCUGACUGUUAAGCACUAAACUCUUUAUGAAAAUCAGCUUUACAGCAGCUAAUAUUGUGUAUCACCCAAGAUAAAUGAAUACUUCCCCCAUAUCACAAUACCCAUUAGUUUACAUGUCAUUUUAUUCCAAUUAUUAUUAUUCAAAGUUUCACCAUCAAAGAGCAUGAUGACAUUUUAAUUUCAAAUUCGAUGUUGUUUAUGUUCCUGAGGCUUACCUUUCAUUACUGUAGCAGGUAUUUUAUUGUUAUUUAUAAAAGAGUCAUAACUGUGUAUUUCAGCAGUGGCGUGUCCUAAACAGCUUUUGUAAUUUUAUUAUUUUGUGUUAAGGUGACUUUUGUAUGAAUGUUUGUUUUUUUACUAGAAUUAAAACAUCUUAAUGAUUUGUGAACUUA